AUGGCGUAUUACAAUGCCGUGCCUCAACUUUUGCACGACCAGUGGCCCAUCAAGAAAGCCCUCACAUUCUCCGACAUCGAUAUCACCCACCCAUUCCUCACAUUGUCCAGACAGCAAGUCGAGGCCCAUAUCGUGGUCCACAUGACACCUCAGCAGCAGGACCACCUAAGAGCCGAGGGCCAGGUCAGCUUCAAUGCCCAUGACUAUGACGCGAACGAAAUCUCCUCCAUGAAGCUCAAAUGGCGCGGAAGCUACUACAGCCUCAUUGGCAAGUGGGGCAAAGUCGUCCGCACGAAAAGACUCGAAGUCGGGCAGGAAAUUAAACUCCGGUGGCUCGACAGCUGUCUCCACUUCUCCGUCCCACAGCAGCACAUUGUCACGGUGGUACCGCCUGUAAGAAUGGUGGCGUCUCCUCUAGUGCACGACAGCUGGCCGAUCAGAAAGACGCUGACAUCAUCCGAUGUCGACAACUGGCCCAUCAAGAAAGCGCUGACGCUUUCUGAUGUGGACACGAACCACCCGUUUUUGACAUUGCCCGGGAAAGGAGUGGAGGACCAUAUUUUGGUUUACUGGGCCCACCAGGCUCGGGAGCAGCUGAGGAACGAUCAACAGGUGAGUGUGAACGCGCGGGAUUAUGACACGGGGGAUUUGUAUGUGAUGAAGCUGAAGUGGCGUGGGAGUUAUUAUAAUCUGAUUGGUAAAUGGGGGAAGAUUAUUAGGGAGAAGAGGCUGCGUGUUGGGAGGGAGAUUAGGGUCAGGUGGGAGAAUGGGUGCGUGGUGUUUUCGGUGCCUCAAUGA